AUGUCAAAGAGGAGAAGAACCAAUAAAGAUGAUUAUGAAAAUGAUUCUGCAUCUGAUAGUGAAAGUGUGACGCCACAGAAUGGUCAUUCGAACACGUUAUCUGAUAAUAAUCAAAAAUCAUUCUAUUAUAUAAAACCCAAGGUAUCUCAAAAGAAAUCAUCCCAAGUUGACUUAUCAUCCAAAUUCACGACUUUAUUAAGUUGUUUGAUGGGGUCUAAUACAAACUAUCAAGAUUCAAAUAGUUCAAAAAGACCAAAACGCGCUGAUUCAAAUAUGUUUAUUAAUUUAUUCAAUGGUAAGGAAUCAAAUGAACAAGUCAAUCGAAGAUUUGAAUUAUAUCAACAUUAUUGGAAUUCACAACAUAAGAAGGUAGAUGAUAUCUUAAACAACACUAAUAAACAAUUAUUCCUUCAAUUACAAAAUUUCAUUAAUAGAGAUCAUCAAUCUAGUAGAUUUAAUAAAUUACCCUUGGGUUUCUUACAAUUAAGUUCGAAUACCGCUAAUAAUUUAAGAAUUUUACAAGAAUUUAACAAGUUUUUAACUUUGGAGAAUCAAAAAUCAGAUACUGAAUUCGAUUAUAAAAUCAUAAAUAUGAGUUCAAAGCAUUGUUAUCAUAUAAAAGCUACGUUAAGAGAACUUGUGAAACAAAUGUUAAAUGCGAUAGAGAAUGGUAAUAGCAAUACUAAUAUGCCACAGAGAGUAGGAGACGAUAAUGAUGAUGAUGAAGAAGAAGAAGUGAUUGAUGAUGAUAAUGAUGAAGUAGAGGAUGAUAAUCAAUAUCAAAGUAUAAAUACGAAAGGGAAAUUACAAUAUGAUUUAGAUAUGAUUGAAGAAUGGUAUAAUGAUAAGUAUAAUCAAAAGAAAUCGUUACGUUUCAUUAUAGUCCUUCAAGAUACAAACUCGAUCAGUAAUCAUGUCAUAAAUCAAUUAAUCAAGAUCCUUUAUGGUUAUAGAUCUACCUUACCGUUAAAGUUGAUCUUAGGUUUAUCAGCUAAUAAUAUCAGUAAUUGGAUUAAUAAUAAUUUUAAUAACGAAAUUAGGAUAUUAACUAAUGGGUUUAAAUUCAAAUGUAAUGAUAAUAGAACUUUGGGUUAUUUGAUUUUAGAAAGUUUAUUCUUAACCGAUAUGGAUGAUGAAAAUUCAGAUCAACCCUUAAAUUUAUUAUUGAAUUUUAAAACUAGUACUAUUCUUUUAUCAAGAUUUGAAAAUUCAAAUAAUUCGAUUGAUUCAUUAAUAGCUGAGAUAAAACUUUGUUAUAUGAUUCAUUUUUAUAAUCUGCCAUUAAGUGCAUUGAUAAAAUAUGAUAAUGUUAGUGCAGAGUAUACCAAUGGAUUAAAGAAAUUACCCUCUUUCAAGAAGUAUAUUGAAAGAAAGAUUUACGAACAUAAAGUGGAUGACAUAGAAGAAUUAUUACAAGAUGAUAAUGAUGAUAGGAUUAAACAGUUACUUAUUGAAAAGAGAAAGGAUUUUAUUAAUUAUAUCAAUACGGUCAUAGGAUAUAUUAAAAUUCUAGAUAAAUUACAAACAUUAGUUAAUUUUGAACCGAGAAAGGAACAUUUGGAGUUAUACAAGUUGAUAAUCAGUAAUAGUGCAAUCCCCUCAUCUUCAGCUACGACUUCAGUAUUCAUUUCUGAAUUAGUCGGUCAAUUUGUUGAUUCAGAUAACUUUGAAUCCAAUUUUGCCGCAUUAAGAUCAUUUUUAAUAUCCUAUGAUAGUGAAACACCUGUCAUAUUAAAAUUAAGAUCAUUGAUAAGUGGUAGUAGUGCAAAGGAUUCAGGGUUCAAAAAGUUAUUGACUAACUUCUUUCAACCUAUUUCAACCAUGGAAUCGUUACAAGAUUUCUUAUUUAAUGAGAUAUUCACUAUGAAUGGAGGAAUUGUAUCACAAAGUUCUCAACCUAUUAAUGAAGAAAGUUAUGAAAAUUUAAUGAUUAAUUUAAUAAGACCAAAUUUAAGAUCAUCGAUUGAAUUAGGAUUAGAUAAUUGUUCAACUUAUCUUAAGAAUCCAUUCUUUUAUAAACAAUUGAAUGAGAAAUUAUCCAAUUUAAAUCCUAUCAUAACUCAAUUAUUUCGAGUUUAUAAAGAAGCUCCAACCACCAUUAAUGUUUUUGAUUUUUAUAUGGCCUUCAAGCAAUCCUUGAACAAGAAUGAAAUUAAAGUUUUGAUUGAAAGUUUUAUAAAGGAUGAAUCAUCCGAUAAAUAUAUUCAAACUUUAGAUAUUGAAAAUAAUGAAGAUGAUUGGAAUAAACUUACAUUUGCUUGGUUUGUACAGAAUUGUCAAGAAUUAGUCAUGAUGGGAUUAUUGAAAGAAAAACCAAAAGGUGAUCAUUUAGAAAAAGUUAUUUGGAAAGGGAUUUAG